CGAGAGGAGGCUAGGGACACCGUCCGUGUUCUUAAUCUCAAUACCCUCUGCUGCUCCAUGGGUGGUGGGCAUCAUUGCCCAACCCCGACUCCAUGGUUUUUUAAUGCCCAGGGUCCGCCAGCUGUACGUUGGACACUGAAAUUUCCGUCGGCUUCUUAUUAUUCGAGCAGCUGACGAGCGCGAAAUGUCAGGUUUUCUCUAUGCACUGCACAAACACGCUUGUUUGCACGAUUUAUACUCACUUCCAGGCCAAAAACGGUGACAUUUUAUCCCGUCAAAAAGUGAGUGCUCCCGCAUGGGGCAAAAGGACGCUACACAUAUUAGAGUUUUUGACCAAUUCGAACGCGUUAUUUACUCUUAUAGCGUGAAAUCCACCGAAAUCUACCACGAUAAACACUUUUCAGCUAAUACUCAAGGUUUUACACGAAUUUUGAACGCUUUUGCAAGAGCGCACUGCACACACGUGUUUACAGGCCAGCUGUCAACUACAUUUAGUUACGCCACAUGCUCAUUGCUAAUUAUUGUAUGUUCUACGUCAGAAAUAAUCUCUCCGUUUGUGACAGCCUUGUUCUUUACACGAGGGCGUUUCAGAACUUCGUUGUUCGGUUAAUUAAUUUUCUUAUCUCCUUAUCUUAUCUUAAGUUAAUUUUCUAUCUCCUUAAUUAUGGCAUUCUCAUCUUCGUUUGUUAAUGGGCUGUCGGUAAGUGCCUUAUACUUGGUUAUAAUCUAGUUUCACUGGUUUCGAUCUUUGACUCCCUUCCGAAGCAAGGAGGGCGAUUUCUAGUUCUUCGGUGGGUUUCAACCAUUUGGAAAAUUGAAUAAUCGUUUUUGCUUCCUUCGAUUCGGAUUUCAAUGCUUCUUUUAACCGUUCAUUCCUCAGUUCCGGUGAUAUCUUCGCUACCAAAUCUUGGAGGAACCUUUGGUCCAUUUGGCAAACAAUCGCAAUAUGCUCAAUUGUGUGCGGUACAGAACGGCACACUACAAAUGGUACAGCUGCCACAGUACUCCCCCUCUAGACUAGAUUUCCCUAGUGAUACCUCGCAGAGAUAACAACUCGUCGACCCGAACGUGUGACUCUAGUCGGAGGAAUCGUAGAAGUUGUGGCGGCGGGUGUUGAAUCGGUUGUCGUUUGAUGCUCAUCUAGUUCGUUUGCUGGUUUCAGGCGGUCCACCGAAACGUUAAUUGUGCACCCUCGAAUGUUCAGCUUGAAAAACUUUUCGGUUACCAUCUUGAAAGGUCCUUCGUAUGGAGGUGAUAGCGAGGGAUGAACCGAAUCGUUGCGCACAAAUACAUUCUUGCACGUUUGCAGGUCCUGAUGAACAAAGACGUUUCGCUUAUCAUGUCUGACGGUUUCUUGGGGACGAAGAUCACGCAUAGCUUUUCGAAGUUGAGUAACAAAUUCAACUUCGUCAGUACUCUCCGGGUUGGUGAUGAAAAUCUCGGAAGGUAUUCGGAGUGUCGUUCCCUAUACCAUCUCGGCAGGCGAUGCCUUGAUGUCUUCCUUGUAGGUUGUCCGCAGUCCGAGCAAAAUCACUGGCAGAUGAUCGCAACAGUGAUCAGGAUCGUGGCACAGGAUGGACGACUUGAGUGUUCUAUGCCAUCGUUCGAUGAUACCUUUUGACUGGGGAUGGUAUGCCGUCGUCCGUAGAUGGCUGGAACCGAGCAGACGAGUAAGCUCAGCAAACAGCGUCGACUCGAAUUGGCGCCAUUGAACGGAUGUAAUGUAGGUGGUAACGCCAAACCGAGAUAUCCAUCCGGAAACCAGUGCUUCGGCGAUGGCUAAAGUCUAAAAUAAGGACCCCCUCUCACGGUCACUCACAAUAGUCACUCAGCUAUUUUUCGUACAGGGUGGUUCGCAAUCGUAAUUGUGACAAUUGCGUGUUUUUUUAUUAUGUUUCGAGGCACUGACACCUGAGGGCAUAGCCGUCCAAGAAGAAAAUGUAGCAAUUGACGCCAUCUAUCGACCACAGGUCAAAGAUUGGUCAAAGAUUUUACCACCAUACCCUUCCAAAGUCCGAAGAGUAGUGUGUUUCGUCACGGGGGCAAAUACUUCGUCAUAGUCUGUGCCGAAAUGUUGAUUUGUCAACAAAUCUGUGCGCUUUCUGAUCCGGUAAGUAUUUUACGAAUGUGUACGCAAGCUGCAACCGCAGACUUUAAGAUGCUUAACAUUUGGUUUAACUCCAUGCCACAACUCCAAUAGUGACCGCUCUACUGCUUUCGUUGGUAAAAUAUAUUGGAGGUAGACUGCGGUAUUCAGAGCCUCCGCCCAGUACCAUUUGUGCAUUUUAGAAUCAGCGAGUAAAAAUCUCACCAUUUCAAGGAGGGUUCUUCCGCUCUGCCACGCCAUUCUGCUGAGGACUAUAUCCUACUGUGAAUUGCUCCUGUAUGCAGUGAUGUUUAUAAAAGUUCUUCAGCUUAUGUUCACGGUAUUCUCCUCCUCCGAUCCGAGUAUCCGAUCGGAUACUUUUCGGAUUGCGACCGAAAAUAUUGUUAGCCAUCAAUACGUAUUCCUCGAUCUUGCUAGCAAUAUCUGAUUUGUGAUUAAGGAAGUAAAGAACACAAUCGAUAUCGAUAUCUGGUAACGUAAGGUGUCUCUACUGGUCCACAGACAUCUGUGUGUACGAGAUCCAUCGGAGCCUGUGUCGAUGAUAAAUAUUCCCUCGGGAAUGGAGUACGCACACUUUUAAUUUUCAUGCAGCAUUCUUAAGGUUUUCUCUGGCCAGACGGUCAAUAGCUCAAUUGUCUAUGUUGUGGUGGCUUUGAGACGCUAUCACUGCCCUGAAGGGUUGCUUCAGUACAUAUAAGCCGUUAAGCAACGGUCACUUUUCCCAAUGUGAUUCUACAUUCUAUUUGAUCGUCAGACGUCACUGUUGCACCUCUCUGGAUGAUUUGCGACACCGACAGCAGGUUCAGAGUCAAACUUGGUGUAUAUAAAGGAUCGCUUAAUUUAACCUUCCUGGGCUCUCCAUUCUCGUUGCAUAGUGCUACCAUCGCGGUACCCUUGCCUUUGACUGGAGCCUGUUUUCCAGACUGUUGGUAGUGUUAGGUAAUGUGCUGCUGUGCACACAGUGCGCACAGCACAGUACACCUAUUACUGUGCUAGCACACUGCUAGCACAGCGUUAGCACACUACUAGCACAGUGCUAGCACACCUUUUUUACAAGGAGUUUAACCUAGCACGGACUUAGCUGAUAGCUGAACGAACGAACACUCGUUCUAAGAAAUGAUGAUCAAAGAAACCGAAAGAGAGCGUGGGGGGAACUCGUUCGGAUCCGAUCAAAUCAGAAAGGCAAACUUCAGUCAGAUAGCGAGAGUGUGAUGAAAAUUUGUUGUAUGAGAUGGAUCUCUUUCUUCGUCAGCUCUUGCGCGCACAGGUUGUCCACACAUAUUCCCAGUAAUUACAUAUAGUGUUAGUUCUUGGUUAGGUUUAGUUUAGGUUUAAUGUAGCAUAAGUUUAGAAUAAAAUAAACAUAAUUAUAUACUUCUCCACGUAUAAAUUUUGUCAACGGUUCCGUGCUUGUGGAGAGAUUCGGAAUAAAAUGACCAACGAAAUUCAGCAGGUCUAAAAAAUUGCUCAAUUCUUCCUUAGAUGACGGUGGUAGGAAGUGCUUAAUUGCCGCUAUUUUCUCUUUAGAUAGGCUGAUGCGCUUACUUGAAAUCCCAGAAUUUCUAUCUUCUCCACACCGAAAACGCAAUUACUUCGGUUAAGCUUCGCAUUAUUUCCCUCUAAUACCCUCAAGACUUUUAGUAAUCGCUAAUCGUGUUCCUCCCUGUUGCUACCUGAGACGACGAUAUCAUCGAUAGAAACAAUAACAACGCCAAUGCCGUUUGACAUGUCCGUCAUGAUUCUUUGAAAAAUUUCAGGCGCACAGUUUAUACCAAACAUUAAAGGCUUACAGCACACUAGCCCCGUGUUUAUCAUGAAUGGAAUGACACCUCGCGAGUCAGAGUGAAGCUAACAUGGUAGUAUGCUGACGUUAUAUCGAGCCGCUAAUAAAACUUGGAAAGCUAAAGUUUAAUUAAGAACGUGUCGAUAAAAAGUUCCUAUAAACAUAGAUACUGUUUAGUCAUUAUGAAGCAUUUCCUUUAUUUUAUUGUUCACCGUCAGUUCAAUUGCAGCAGGGAUCCUCAAAUAUGCGAUCUUGUUCGGAGGUAUGUUAGGGUCGAUAGAAAGCUUCACUUGAACACCCAAGAGUUUUGCGAAUGGCUUAGUCUCUUUGCCUGAAGAUUGGUUAACGUGAAGUACAUCAAGACCAGUUCUUAGUAAUUUCAGAUCAUGCGAUGUCCGUUUGCUGAGAACACGUUUCACAGCAUACUACCGCAAAAGCGUCAAUCGACGAUCCCGAGUCAACAACACCGGCACAUCAUCAAUCAUGGUGGUUAUCGAGUUUAAGGAUGUUCGAAAACCCGUCUUCCAAACGCGCCGACGACCCCUGCUUCGAAUGCGUUCCUAGAGCAAUAAGUGCGUUCUUGUCACCUGUCAAAGACAGAACCGCGUGGGAGAGAGUUUCCGGCGUGGAUCCUCUCUCUGCUCCUUUAAAAGCGGCUCCGUGCGAUCAAUCGCUCUCUUUCUGCGCGUGUCCUUCAGCGAUUCGGUCUGUGCGGCGAUCCGUUUAUUGGUAAAGUAUCAAAGCUGCGUGCGUCUAGAUAGUAAAGAUUAUUAUUUGUGCAAGUGUCAAUAAAACUUUAGAAGGAGUGUAAACAAUAUUGACGGCUUCGUGUGGUAUUUUUACGGACGGCUACGUGCGUGAAACACAUGGAUAAUAAAAUUGAGUUCCAAUUUUUUCCAACAGCUUACAUUUGUAGAACAGUUGUCGCUUACGAUUGCAGCAACAUUCAUUCCCCUAAAACUUAAUUUUUGAAUAAAUUCCAUUAAAAUUUCUUUCGUCAUUUUUUUACCGAAACCUAUAUACACUGGCUGUUUCCAUUGUUUGAACAGUCCUCUUGCCAUAACAACUUGUAUAUAAUCGUGGGGACCGACUGCCUCAUCAGCUGCAGGAUCGUAUUCUAAUGUGUUCUCUACUUUCAUCUCGUCAAAACUUAAUAUGCAUUCACAAUAUCUCUUGGUCAAUUGUUUUGCAAAAUUUUCCAUGAAAACAAGCAAAUCUUCUAAAAUUCCUUGCUUGAGAUCAAUUUUUUGAGCGUGCUUUUGAAGCGUCGAAAUUGAUGGUAAGGGAUAAUUCAUGUCCUUGGCUAUGUAGUGGUAACCUCUUUUUCCAAAAUAACGCAAGGUGAAAACAGAACUUACUUCCUUUUUACUCCAUUAAACACGUUGUUUUUUCCUUCAUAAUCAAGUCAAUUUGAUUCGAAAACAAUGUUCCUUUCAAAAAACCUUUCAUUUUCGAGAUUAGCUCGCAAGGCUGAAUGCUAUUUUUUUUGUAUCUUUUCAAUCUCUGUUUUCAAUACUUUGUUUUCUUUUUUAAUUCAUUCCAUUUUCAGAUUUCAUUGAUUCAAUUUUUUCCUGUAAAACUUUAAUUGCGUUGCGUAAUAGAUUGUUUUCGUCUAGAACAUUUUUUAGCUGAUUUUUUAAUUUGGCAAAUGGCCCAUUGUCUGAAACGUUUGGUUUUUGGUAAAUGUCGGCGCCUACAGUUAGGCAAUUAGAUUUCAGCAAUAAUUUGUGCGUAUGUGUAAUGUGUAAUUUAAGUAAUGUAAAUAUGUAAAUGUGAAUAGGGAACUAGGAUAGAUGUAAGUGAAUUAUGUAUAAUAUAGAAGUUAGUCUAAGUUGAAACAUCACCGUGUGCACAUCAUCAUCCAGGAAUUCCAUCCGAACGAGCUAUCGAACAUUUGGUCCUUCGAACCGGAUAGGAGGAGCCAAACAGUAAGAAACCCAACGGUCUGAAUGCUGAAUAACGAUCUCAGGAGGACAACUGUACGAAACGUUGCUUAUGAAGUGUCGAACUGGGAAGAGCGCUGCGUACGUAUACGAGGUCAUCGAUCGAUCACGCUGAUCGACAGUGCGUGCGUGUUAGGUUGCUCACAGAAUACGAGAAGCUUCAAAAUUGGAUUGUUUCAAGGAGAUCAUCGAGUUGGGACAGUGUCAUCAUCCGUAGGCUGAAGUACAAGCGUUGCGCGUGCAUAUCGUGAUUGUAAAAUUUGUCCAUGUUAAGCGUACGUAACAUAAAUAUUUGUGUGUAACCAAGUGUGUAAGAAGCGUCGCACAAACUAACACUGUGAACAAGCAUAGGAUUAGUCGGAGAAGUGUGCGUGUUACUACGUUUGCGCGCGAAUUGAGGACUUCGGCCAUCGCCUUUCACGCAAUUGCGUCGUUACGAGUAGUGGUGUAGGAUCACAGACGGGAGACGCUACAGUGUGGCACAUAGUUUCCGCACAAGAGUGAAUAUCUGCGAGUAAGAAAAUGAGUAAACAAAUACAGACGGUGAAGCGGAAAUAUCUCGAUACGUUAAGGUGCGUUGAUUUCUUCGUUGAAUUCAUAAAUGAGUAUAAUGCAGAGGAACAUGCGUCUCAGCUGGAAGGUCAGUUAGGAGCGUUGGAAGAAGCAAAAAAGACAUUUGAGAGUGUACGCGAAAAAUUACUGGGUGAAGACGAGUGCGAUAUUGAGGCCCUAUGUACGGAAAAACGAGAAUAUUAUAAAAAAUACCAACAGGUUAAAGGUUUCAUUGUGGCUCGUCAAAGGAGCGAAGAAGUAGGCUCGUUACCAGCAGCAAAUAGCACAAGCGUAAAUCAAUCGAUGUUAUGCCAUCCCAAAUUGCGUUUACCGACCAUUGACCUUCCGUCGUUCGAUGGCGACAUCACAAAAUGGUUAACGUUUAAGGACAGAUUUACGUCAAUGGUUCAUGAGGCGGUUGAAGUUCCUGAAGUUACGAAGUUGCAAUAUUUGCUAUCUGCAUUAAAGGGAAAUGUAGCAACCCAAUUCGAUCACACGCAGUUAAUAGCCGACAAUUACGAACCUACUUGGCAGAGUUUGCUUACGCGAUACGAUGACACAAAGACGAUUAAAAGAGAAUACUUCAAAGCGUUGUAUCAUCUAGAAGCAAUGAAUGAUUCCUCGGGAGAAGAGUUAGCGCGGAUUGUAAAUGAAGUGAAACGAUUGGUUCGGGGAAUGGAAAGACUCAAGGAGCCAAUAGACAAAUGGGACACCCCCUUAACAAGCUUGAUUAUGUUCAAAAUGGAGGCUACUAGUUUAUUGGCAUGGGAACUAGUUUCAGCAGAUACAAAAAACGAUACAUAUCAGGGACUAAUCGAAUUUUGCGAAAAACGAAUCAAGGUGUUAACUAAUUCCAAAAUAUACAAUGUGCGGACUAUCGAUACGAGACCAGCCAAGGUGAUGAGUAACACACGAACGCCUGUUAUACGUAAAGAAGCUAAGUUUAAUAUAAAGGGAACUCCUACGAUGGCACAUGUAGAACAAACGGAUGAAAGGUUUAAGACAGAAUGCCCGGUGUGUAAAGAAGAUCAUACUUUGUUCAAGUGUUCGAAAUUUGAGAGCAUGAGUCUCGAGCAACGGCUCAAUAUAGUAAAAGAAAAGAAUUUGUGCUACAAUUGUCUUAAGCGAGGACACGGAGUGCGUCAGUGUAGAUCGUCUUAUCGUUGCGUUCAAUGUAAAAAGCGCCACCACACCAUGCUAUGCAGCCGACCAAAGGAAGCAUCAGUAGCAGUACCACCAGUCGUAAAUGCCACUAUGCACAACAGGAAUUUAGAGAAGCGAGAGACUAUUUGGCUUUCUACAGCCCAAGUGCUUCUGUUAGAUUCAUGCGGUAAAGAAAUUCCUGCCAGGGCAUUAUUGGACAUGGGAGCCCAGUCCAAUUUCAUGACGGAAAGAUUGGCUCAACAAUUGGGACUGAGUAGACAGCGGAUGCUAAGCUCGUUAUCUGGAGUAGGUGCAAUGGCAUUAACAGCAAAUAGUAUGGUAACGGCAACAGUAAGAUCAAGAGUGUCAAGGUUUUCUGCAGUACUAGACUUUGUGGUGUUACAACGGGUAACGGCAGAUGUUCCGGCUCAGACAGUGAAUGUAGAUCGAUGGAAUAUUCCAAGUGGGGUGAGAUUAGCAGAUCCUACAUUCUUUAAGUCGGAAAGAGUAGAUCUAUUAAUUGGAGCUGAGUUGUUUGCGGAUCUAUUAGAAAAGGGCCAUAUUAAGGUUGCACCUCAUUUGCCAAGCCUGUUAAAGACCAAAUUUGGGUGGAUUGUGAGCGGACCAAUGCGAGACAGCAUCGAGUACAGUAACAACAGUGUUUUGUGUCAUUGUGUCCAAGAAGAGAAUCUGAUCGAUUUAAUGAGACAUUUUGCCGCCCUUGAAGACAUUCCUCAAGAAAAGGAAACAUCAGAAGAAGGCUUGAGUUGUGAAAGGUUCUACUGCGAUACUACGAUCCAAAACGAAGAAGGUAGAUACGUGGUACAGUUGCCAAAGGUGAAAGAAUACGAAAAACAAUUGGGAGACUCAAAGGAAACCGCGUUGAGGCGAUUUUUAUCGAUUGAACGGCGACUGAAGAAAGAUGAAGCCAUGAAAAAGGAAUACGUAGAGUUUAUGGAAGAAUACGAACAGUUAGGUCACAUGACGAAAGUGGCGAGCUACAAUAAUGUUGAAUUGGAAGUUGGAAAGGACUAUUAUUUGCCCCAUCACGCAGUCUGGAAAAGGGAGAGUACCACUACUAAGUGUAGAGUGGUGUUCGACGCUUCGUGUAAGUCUAGUUCUGGGCGAUCACUGAACGACAUUUUGCUGACUGGUCCAACAAUUCAAGAAGAUAUUAUUCCAAUUCUGUUGCGUUUUCGAAUGAAGAAAGUGGCAUUAGUCGCAGACGUAGCCAAAAUGUAUCGUCAAGUUUUAGUAGCGAAAGAAGACAGAAAGCUGCAACGUAUUCUAUGGAGGAAAGAAAGCGAAGAACCUAUUUCCGUGUAUGAGCUGAAUACUGUGACUUAUGGCACAGCGUGUGCACCAUUUCUCGCCAUAAGAACUUUGCUACGAGUGUUUCAAGACUAUGGUCGUCACUAUCCAGAGGCUUUGAAGAGUAAGGACGAUUUUUAUGUUGAUGAUCUUGUAUCAGGUGCAGACUCUAUCGAAGAAGCAAACCAAAUAGCAAAGCAGUUAGAUGAGCUUAUGAACAAAGCAGGAUUCAGCCUUAGAAAAUGGGCUUCAAACUACCCAGAAACGCUAGAAGGUAUUCCACAACAAAGGCAAUGUGAAUCAGUUGCAGUUGAGCAAGCCAGCAAAUCAUCAAUAUCCCUUUUGGGGCUAUUAUGGAUUCCAAGAUCUGAUAGGAUGCAACUGAACAUAAAGGGGAUAGAACAACAAACUAGCUACUCCGGGAAGCAAAUCUUAUCGUGUAUUGCUCGUAUGUACGAUCCGCUGGGAAUCAUAGAUCGUGUAAAGAUGAAAGCAAAGAUGUUCAUGCAGCGUGUGUGGUCGUAUAAAGAGUCACGAGGCUCUGGUUGGAACUGGGAUAAUCCCCUCCCUGAUGAGCUGCAAGUAGAAUGGAAGAACUUUUACGCUGAGUUGAAGUAUUUAAGUGAUUUUAGUGUUCCGAGAACAGUGAUCGAUAGAGCAGAGGACAAUUAUCAGAUACACAUAUUUUGUGACGCCUCAGAGAAAGGCUACGGCGCUUGUUGCUAUAUCCGUAGUCGGAAUAGUCAUUCAGGAGAAAUAGUGGUCAGAUUAUUCAUAUCAAAGUCAAAGGUAGCGCCUCUUUCAAAAAAACUCACCAUUGCAAGGCUUGAACUGUGUGGGGCAUUACUAGCAAGCAAUCUGUACCAGUUAGUGCAACGUGCGGUUGCCAAAGAAGUUACAUGCUACAUGUGGACAGACUCGAUGACGGCAUGGUAUUGGAUAAACUCUCCUAGUGACAGGUGGAAACCCUUUGUGGCAAAUAGAACAAGAAGGAUUCAAGCGAAAACUCAGAACUGUAUAUGGAAACACAUUCCUGGUGUUGACAAUCCUGCAGACUUGGUAUCAAGAGGAACUGAUGCCAAGGCUCUAAUUGAUGCAAGGCAAUGGUGGGCGGGGCCCUCAUGGCUCCCCUUAAACGAGGAUAUGUGGCCAGUUUCACCGAAUCAAAAACCGAUAACCACAGACGAGGAACGAACAUCAGUGUUACUAGUCUCUUCACCGGUUGAAGAGUCUUUUAGUGAUAGGUUGUUCGAGCGCUGCUCAACAUACACGGCUCUACGCAAAGGUGUUGGUUAUUGGUUACGUUAUUUAAACCUCUUGCGUGCUAGAAGAAAAGGUGCCAAACCUCCAGGGCAUACCAGCAGUGGUCUAAGUACGGAAGAAUUGGUAGAAACUGACAAGUUCUUAUACCGGCUUGCACAGAAGGAUCAGUUUUCAGAAGAGUUUAAGGCAAUGUUAGCAAAGAAAUGUGUACCAAGAACUUCUCCCUUACGAUUCUUGAAUCCGUUUAUAGAUGAUCAAGGCCUAAUGCGUGUUAACGGACGUUUAGCGAACUCACAGCUUGAUAGUGACAUGAAACAACCGAUACUUAUCCCGAAAAACCACCGUUUAACGAGCUUGUUAGUACAGCAUUAUCAUCUAAAGCUCUUACAUGCGGGUCCACAAUUGAUGAUUUCCACCAUAAGGCAAAGUUUGUGGAUCAUAGGAGUGAGAUCGGUAGCUAGAAGUGUUUACCACAAGUGCAUGCGUUGCUUUAAGGUAAAUCCAAAACACAUCAAUCAACCCAUGGGAAACUUGCCUCCGAGCAGAGUAACCGAGGCCAGGGCAUUUGCAGUGUCCGGUGUCGACUAUGCUGGUCCGGUUUACGUCAAAGAAAGGCAUCGCAGAGCAGCACCAACGAAAGCAUUUGUGGCAGUGUUCGUGUGCUUCGUGACACACGCAGUGCACUUGGAGCUUGUAUCGGAUCUGAGUACGGCUGCAUUUAUCUCCGCGCUAAGAAGGUUUGUCGCUCGGAGAGGUCUGGUAUCAGAACUAUACUCAGACAACGGAACCAACUUUAAAGGCGCCUCGAAUGAACUGCACCAGUUGUACCAGCUCCUUCAAUCAACCCACCAUCGAGAAGCCGUAACUACCUGGAGUGCUGACAAGGGAUUCAAAUGGAAGUUCAUACCGCCCCGUGCACCGCAUUUCGGAGGUCUAUGGGAGUCAGCUGUGCGGUCCAUGAAACACCAUCUCCAGCGAGUUCUUGGAACAGCAUCUACAUCGUUUGAAGAUUUGGUGACGUUGUUGGCAGAAAUCGAGUUAUGCCUGAAUUCUCGGCCAAUAACACCGUUAUCACAUGAUCCAUCUGAUUUACAAGCACUAACCCCAGGUCACUUUCUUACUGGUUACCAUUUGCAGGUUAUUCCUGAUAUCGCAUUGAAGGACAUUCCGGAGAACCGUUUAAACCACUGGCGCGUGGUACAAAAACGUUUGCAACACUUCUGGGCGAGGUGGAGUACCGAGUAUUUACAACAGCUCCAUGCCAGAAGCAAGUGGAAUUGCGAAGCAACCGAGAUCAAACCUGGAAUGUUAGUGAUAAUACGCGAAGAUAAUGUACCCCCCUUGAAAUGGCCUUUAGCACGAAUAACAGAUAUUCAUCCCGGUACGGAUGGUGUGGUUAGGGUAGUCACAAUGAAAACGGCACAAUCAAAAGAAGUAAAGCGUCCUGUAACAAGAAUAUGCAUCCUUCCCAUUGACAGUAAUAGCAAACAUGAAGAAGAAAACACAAUAGAUGAAAAUAAGCGGAGCGAAACUUAAAAAAAAAACGUGUUUUUUGGUGGGCGGGAAUGUCGGCGCCUACAGUUAGGCAAUUAGAUUUCAGCAAUAAUUUGUGCGUAUGUGUAAUGUGUAAUUUAAGUAAUGUAAAUAUGUAAAUGUGAAUAGGGAACUAGGAUAGAUGUAAGUGAAUUAUGUAUAAUAUAGAAGUUAGUCUAAGUUGAAACAUCACCGUGUGCACAUCAUCAUCCAGGAAUUCCAUCCGAACGAGCUAUCGAACAGUAAACAUUCGUUUGAUUCGUAAACAUUGAAUUAAAAUGAAUGUUUUCGAUAUCACUAUCACCAACAUUAUCACCCACAAUUAAAUUGUUCAUGAUAUCAUUACUUGGAGUACUUGGAACACAACGGAUUGACGGAACAGCUGAAAAACAAAUGAUCGUAUUAGAACAUUAUUCGUUUGUAGAUCCCAUACAUUUAUUAUUGAACAAGCUAUUUAUACAUUUUCUGUCAUCUAAACUGUAUUGAGUACCUAUAACCUUGCACGCUUGCACGCUUGAAAAAAUAAUUAAUUCAAAACCAAGAGUAAAUUAGCUCUAAAAAUAUAAUUUAGUAUAGCCAUACUGCAUAAAUAGAAGAGCAUAAUGUUAUUGCGUGCAUUAUUUGGUUCGUUUUUUUAGCAUAAUUAAAUAUUUCAAAGUAAUUUACACCAUCUAGCGUUUGUAUUUGUGUGCUUUUUGUUUUUCAUGAAUUGUAACUAGAUCCUCCUGACAAAGUAUUUAUGGUUGUUUAUACGAACAUAUGAGUUUAACCGAACAAAUUAUAAUAUUAAUUACACGUAUACACGGGGAUUGACCGUAUCUGUUAUGUAACGACAAACACGUUUAUAAAACUAAGAAGCAUAUUAAAUCGCCAAUGAUGAAUAAAUAUUUACCAUUUGGGUAAAGUUUCGCCAAUCCUGUAUUGGUCCCGCUUCGAGAUAACAUUUGGUAAUCCUCUUCCCGAAAAUGUUUGGAACAAAUAACACCACAUUUCAAAGGUUGCCAAUUUGCAUCCCGUUCGCAAAAUUGUAUCCAUUUCACACGUAAAUCACCAUGCGUAGGAAAAUUUAAAAUUUUACCAAAAUUCCUUGCCUUUUAACAGAACCAGGGGUGUUUUUGCAACUGCAAAAUGUCAAAACGUACUGCUUUCCACCACCUGGUCUCCUAUAAUAACCUUGGUGGCCUGCUAGGAAACAUCACCAAAUUAGGCGAAGAAAGUAAAGAAGUUUUUAUAAUUACAUAUUUACAGUAUUGAUUGUUUCAGCCACAAUGGAAAAUACUCAAAUUGACGAGGAGCAGCUGAUCGACAUGGUCGAGAACAUUCCUCUCCUAUGGAAUGUGCAAGACCGCAAUUACCACAACCGUAGGAUGGAGAAAGAAGCAUGGGACCACAUCAGCGAUGCGUUUGGAGUGAAUGGUUGAAGCAUUUGGUGCUGUCCACGAACCUCACGCAUGACACGACGAAUAAACUAAUGGCUCUGUUACGUGACACUACUAAUUUCCAGCUACCCAAAGAUGCCCGGACGCUCUUGCGCACUCCUCAAAACAUCGGAUCACAGAUAGUUCCUAUUUCAGGAGGAGAUUUUUGGUAUCAAGGGAUCGAAAAAGCACUGCAAUGUUACUUUCGGUUAGUAAAUUAAGUUAUACAUACACGAGUUUACUUUAUAUAUGUCCCAUAUAAAUUUUAACUUUACCGUCACUUCUAUUACAGUAAUUUCAACAGUGAAAUAAACACCAUUGAGGUUACACUAUCCAUGGACGGGCUCCCGCUGCACACAAGUGGAACGACAUGCUUUUGGCCUAUACUAAUGAGAGUGGAAGGAAUACCUCAAGCGGCAAUUAGAGUGGUUGCUAUUUUUUGUGGAUAUUCUAAGCCGGAAAAUGCAGAAGAAUAUUUAAGGCCUUUAGUAAAUGAGUUAAACCAUUUACAUAGAAAUGGCAUUACUUUAAAUAGUAUUACAAGGCCCUUUAAACUUCGCUGCAUAAUUGGUGAUGCUCCAGCACGUGCUUUGAUUAAAGGUAAAGAAAACAUAGUGUGUGCAAGAAUCGACUGUAUGACUGACUGUUUAUUGUAAUCUUUUUAGGAGUAAGAUACUACAAUGGCAAGGAAGGUUGUAUGAAAUGUACUUGCCACGGGGAAUAUUUAGCAGAAGAAAGAAAGGUUAUUUUUGUGGGAGUUGGUGCAGCAGCGCGCACUGAUUCAAUGUUUAGGAUGCAAGGAUAUGGCAGGCAUCAUAGGGAACCAACUCCUCUCACAGAGUUGGAUGAUUUUGAUAUCAUCAAGAAUGUUGUGACCAGUGACAGUCUCCAUUUAUUAGACCAUGGAGCAACAAAAAAAUUUUUAAUGCAUUGGAAAACUGCAAAAUUUAGCUCGGAUGAGAAAUGGUCUCAAGAACAGAUCGAUAAUAUUUCCACAUUCAUUAUGAAUAUGAAGCUUCCAUCGGAAAUAAUUAGGCGGAUGAGAUCCCUCAAAUUUUUAAAAUAUUGGAAGGGAUCAGAAUUUAAAUAUUUUCUACUUUAUGGUGGUAUAGUAAUAUUACGCGAUUAUUUGCCUGAAGAAGAGUACGACCAUUUUUUGAAAUAUUUUUGCGCCAUAACGAUAUUUUCGACAGAAGUUUACAAACCACUGUGGGUAGAAGGGAAACGUUUGAUAGAAGAGUUUAUUUUAGAGGUGCCUCGUACUUAUGGACGGGAGCAUCUUACAAGCAACAUUCAUAACUUGCAGCACAUAUAUGAUGAUAUUUGUAAUUUUGGUCCACUCCCCACAAUUUCAACGUAUCCGUUUGAGGGAUACCUCCGCAAUAUAAAGCGCAGUAUGAGAAGUGGUUGGAAAUGUUUAGAACAGGCAGCGAACCGUAUUUCCGAACUAAAUAAUUUUGAAACCUAUAAUCCUCCUACACAUCCAGAAUAUCCAUUAAUAGAGCAAAAAUCCCAACUCACUAUCCUACAUAUGUCCUCAAGUUUUAUACUAAAAUGCACAGAAAAUGAUCAAUGGUUUUUAACUGAUUCUAACGCAAUUAUUAAAUUUAGUUCUGCUACACGCUCCCCUGACUCUUCUAGAAUCGUCAUUAAUGGAUUCCCCAUACUAAAAUUUAGAACUUACUUUCAAAUCUCUUCCUUAUCUUCAGCUAAAAUUAACAUAUUUCAUGCUAACAUUUCCGAUCUUGCACUAACAACAGCAAAAAUAACAACUUCUAAUGUAAAAUGUAAAUUAGUAGCAGUACAAAAAAAGUCUGGCAAUGGAUAUGUCUUUUUCCCAUUACUUCAUACUUUAAAAUUGACAAAUUAACAUUUUUUUGCAUGUUUAACACAUUUAACAAUAACAGUAACAUAGUAUUAGACUGAAGGUAGCAUGCGGAUUUUUUUAAUUAACAUAUAUAUUGGUGUUUGGUUAAGAAUAAUGGUGAUGGUGAUAAGAUGGAUGGUUAUGGUUAGAAUAGUGAUGAUGAUAGUGGAAUAAAAAUGAUGAUUAUGAAAAUAUGGAACUACAUAGCACUGAAACACGCGCGCGUUUAAAGGGACUAUUGGUACCCAUCCUUGCUUCCCUUCGUUUUCAGUUCUAAAAUCAGUCAAAUUUAUUAUAUGUCCAUUAAAAUUUCGUUCUUUUCAAUGCUAUGUGUGGGUAUGAGGUGGGAUCCACUAUCAUCAUCAUUAAAAUGUAUUAACUCAUAUUUAAAAAGCAAUAGUAUUCGGUAGGAUGGUGGUUGCACUUCAAGAAUAAACAUAAAACAAUACUUAUUUUUUUAAUUAUUUUUAUUUCUUUAUUUCUUUUUGUCCAGGAACCCCAAACCAGAAGAGAGAGUGGAAAUUCUUGAAAAACCCGAAAACUAAAUAAAAUAUAAAAUGAAAAAGAAAAUCUCUAAGCAAAAUUAUUUUUUUUUUCGAUUUAAACAAAAGGUUUUCCUGCCUUUUAAAUGGACUCGGUCCGCAGCAUGCUUUAAUUUACUUUUCAAAAAUAUUAUCGCACCAUAUUCAGAUAGCGUCAUUAAUGGUGUACUGCCCAUUAUACGAAAUAUUUCCACUACAUUUUCGUAUGCAGCGAAAGGGAUUUUGGGUCCAUUUUUUCCUCUGCCUCUCCAGGAGCAUUGAGCAAAAAAAUCGUUUUCAAAAAUUAGGUCUCUGGUUUGGUGCAUCCUAUUUUGGCUAUCGGUUUUGCUCAUAUGACUUUCAAGCCAGUCAAGAAAUUGUGACUUAAAAGUUUCAUUCGCUAAAUUAAUGUUUAAAUGGUUAAAAUGUUCCUCAUUGGCAAUCUUUGUGAACUGAAAAUUUGAUUUUUUAGAGGCAUAUGGCACACACACAUGUUCCCCUAUUACUUCUACCAUUACUCCUAAUUCCGCAAGUUGUCUGCGAGUUUUAGCAGCCUCUUCUUUGAUCAGUUCAGCACAUGCCGGAUUUGUUAAAGGCUCCUUGAUUAAGGGUUCUUUAACCGAUGCUUCCGAUGUUGCGUUUUCGACCGCAUCCAGCAACCAUACAUCUGUAGGGAUGUUCGGUGGAAUAGUCGGUACAAUGGUCACUGCAGGUUCAAGCAAACCAGGGCAUACGAAAGGUUUCGAUUCUGAAGAAGUGCAAGUAACUGUUACGUCACCUACAGUAAAAGAAUCUCCCACAUUCAUGAUGCAACUACAAAAAAAAACAAACAAAACUAAUAGAUUCAUAUAUUCCUACACUCCCAUACAAAAAGGUACUUACUUGUAAUUAUGUGUAUGAUGUGAAUAUGUUAACCUUUUUGGUAUCUUGUCGCUUCGUAAAUGCGUGGUAUAGCGUCUAGUUCGGUGGCCGUAAGCGAAUUAGCAUGUGUCGCUAAGGACAAGCGCUUCUCUAGCCUUAGUUCAAUCCUAACUAAAAAAUCCUUUCUUCUCAUUUCCAAAAAAAUCAAUUCGCGCCAGUCAAGACUUCGUUUAAAAACAACCGUCUGUUCUUCCCUUUAAAUAUAACCAACAAACAAAUGGAACGACCGAUAACCUCCUCCGCUCGCAUCCUCGAACUUCCCUCGCUCCCACCCUCACACUACACUCCACCGUCCAACCAAAUAUAUACCUCUACAUACGAGUAGACAGUGCAGUGAAAAAGUUGUCCAUAAAGGAGUAAAAAAAUAAAAGUUAGCUAGAACUGAAAAUGCGGCGGUAGUGGUAAAUACACACACACAACACACAACUUCGACAGAGAAGAGUGGGAAAAGAAAAUGAACCUAACAACAGUUCUAUCCAUCCAUUCCUCCAAAAGGAAAGAACUAAAAAUAGAACAUAUGAUGGAUAUUACCACCAAUCAAAACACGCGACUUGGAGGGGGAAAACUACCCAGAUAACAAAAUUUUUGCUUUCGGUUCACGGCAGGUUACGAUUCAUUUUAGUACGGGUCUUGUUCACUUUGCCAAAAGGUCGAGGGACCACGACACGUCGACCCUCGCCUCGACCCUGGCUCGACCAUUUUCAAAAUGAAUAUUUUGGGAUGAAUUUGUGGUCAUUUUUGUCGCUAGGGCUGGUUGGCUUGACCGAUUAUUGCUUCUUGAAUUUGUUUGAUUUACAAACGAUGUGUUCGCUUCGGUAGGUGCACAAUUUACCCCGUUGCUGUCUUUUGUAUCCAUGCAAAUAUUGUGCAACAAACAUACCGUUUUCACUACAAUAGUAUCAAUCUUUAUACACAAACGGAAUUUUGACAAGACAAGUGAGCCAAGACAAACGGAAUUUAGAUUUGGAUCAUGAAACCAUUCUUGUUAAACACAAGAUUCGUCAAAUUUUUUCUUUCGUUAAAACAGAAUCAAAGCAACCCAGCGGUCAAGCUUUCAUGCGUUUCACCUCGUUUCAUCCCCUUACAACCCUCGUUGGCCUAUACUUUUGCGUGUCAACACAAGCUAUCUCUGUUUUUUCGUUCGUCAAGCAUGUUCUUGUCUCGCUCUUUUCACACUUUGCUGAAGUUCGACGUGCUCCGCGUUGUGUAUUUACACACCGAGCUCAUGGAAUAUCUUUGUGUGUGUAGAAAACCAUUUUGACAGCACCGUCAUUCUUCGGCCGUCAUAUUUUGUGUUGCUUUCGAAGUGCAAGGUUUGUUUAGUUUAUUGCAUAGAACAGAGAGAUACAAUGGUUAUAAAAGGGUAAAAAUGGCUUCGAAUCAAAUGAGCACGCGUUUUUCAAGUGACUGGAUAGUUUAGUUAGGGAUAUGGAGUGAAAAAACACUUGGAAUUAGGGAGGAUACUUGACCUGCGUGCCUCCGGAACAAAGUGGUGCUGAAACUGUUUCAUGGCUGCUGAGAGUCUGGUAAGGCGUUUAAUGCAACGAAUUAUAUCAAUUACAUGUUAUUUACAUUACGCUUUUACAAUUGCAGUUACAUCCGAAACAAUUUAUUGGCACGGACCGCAGAAAACCACGCAAACAAAGUGUACAAAGUACCAUGCAGAGAGGACAAAAUUUUACACCACAUAAACCAACACAUUUGCCCGCAUUUUCCAGCAAGUGAAGUUUUGAAGUUUUUGAAGAAAUUUGUGAAUAAAAUUAUAAUAAUAAAAAAAAACAUUUCAUUUUAUGUCCUUUUUAAUUAAUGACAACUUUCCACUAUGCAUAGCCAAUAACGCACCCAUACCUAUGCGGCACUACACACUAACACAUACGCAAAAAAGAUCUUCGUUAAGCCCCUAAGAAGCCCGCUUAACGAAGAAUUUGACCGCUGGGAACCAUCGAUGUGUCAAACUGUUCAAAAUCAAAACAAAAAACCUAAACACUUCCGUUACCUCCACCAGUUACUGUUAGCUUAAAAAAAGAUUGUGGUUUAAAUAAAAAAUUUAAACAUUAAAAAUGAUUUUCUCGUGCUACGUAAGUGACAAUAGUAGCAGUGAAGAAGAAGCAACGGAAGAUCUGGCAAAACAACGCCGACUCCUUCGAAGUGUUUUCGACCCCUUACAGCUUACUAGCCAAGC